AUGGUUGUUAAUUCAUCUUUUCCCGAAGGGUUGAAUAGUAUUUCUACUUGGGGAUUUUCAGCAUUUGAACCACUUACAUAUAUAUAUUUCAAUAUAGCCUUUAUUAUAAUUGCGUACCCUUUAUAUCGAUUAGUAGCAGGUUUUUUAAAAUGGGAAUUAAACGAAAAAACGCCGAGUAAACAUUAUAGUGAUAUUCUUGCGUGCGUUAGAUAUGGAUUUAUUGUGUUUGUGCUUGGGGGAUAUUCGGAUACUUUCAACUGGAUCACAAUUCUCUCAUUUUAUGUUGCAAUGUAUGGGUUCGGUAGUUUGGCAGAGCUUUCCUUUGCCAAGCAGUCUAUACCAACAUGGCGUAAUUGGGCAGUACAAAUGUGGAUAUUAAUAAUUGUAGCGAUACUUAUAAUUUUGGCAUUUGCAGCUUAUCAUAUUUAUCUAGGAGUGGUUUUCACAGGAGUUGGUCAACUCGGCCAUGAUGGAAUAUUUUUAGCUUGGUAUAUAGGUUGCUUGAUAAUUCCAGUAAUACUAAUUAUAUUUGGCUUAUUAGCUGUUAAAGAACAAAACGAUAGAUAUAUUACAAAGAAAUUGUUAAAGAUUGUAAAUAUAUUGAAUGUAUUUAAAAAGAAGAAAAAAGAUGACGUGGAAACACAAUCGAGCAGUGAUAACAUUGAAAAUUCUGAGCCAACUGCUACUGCUAACAGUGAAGAGAACAUUCAGAUUAAAAACGAACCACAGUCAUAUAGCAAAAAAGUGGAUGUUCAUUUACACCAUUGGCAAAUAUUCUAUUUGCUUGCAUUUUUCACGAGGUUUGAUGAUCCCAUUUCGCGAGUCGCCGCUGGUAUAGUAUUAGGAAUAUAUACACAAGGCAUGAUUGCGUAA